CAACACAUAGCAAACGCGUCCCUCCAGAGUAGCAGAUCUGGGCAGAUGGAUUGAUUGACUCCAAUAUGUGCUCCUUAUUCUUUUGACAUCUCAAUUUCUCUCGUCUCCAGCAGAAUUACGUCGUGUCGCGUGACCGUCUAGCAGUUUGUUUACUUUGAUUUAGCGACCAGCCCUACCAUCCAGUCGCCUCGGCGCAGAACGCGAUAUCGCAAAUAUGCAGGGCAACAAGGUCAGCCAGUCGAUAAGCUCAGCACAAAGUGCCUGGGAGAAGGUGGCUGGACAAGGCGAUAUAUCAUGGCUCGAUGACACCUCCUAUAUACCCUCGAGUUGCUUCGAACCUCCUAUCGUCACGUCACGACCCCGGGCUUGGGACCGUAUUGCUGUGCCUUCCGCGCUCUUGCGCCACAGCGACGACAAAAUUUACAAGCGUGUUACCACGAGGCCCCACGAGAACAAAUUCUACCGUCUGGCCGCUGCGGAGCUGGAUAGCCAGGGAUUUGGGGCGAGGAAACGCGUCAGGACGUUGGCAUUCAUUCCUCCAUAUGGGAAACCGUUAUUUGAGAAAGAGACAGCGCCUGAGAUUGCUGGCGAAGACGUAUUGGCCAAGGCGAGAGAAGAAGUCAAGAAUGCCUUGGAUUCCAUCUGGCAGGACAAUCUGCGCAUCCGCCAGAAACCUUACUCUCACAAGAGGUCCACCUUCGACCCGGCCCACCUCAUCUGGGUUCCACGGAAGAGACACAACACUCGCUGGCCGAUCAACCCACCGAAUGAGCACGCAGAACAGAUCGCUCCCCUGCAACCUUUCAUCAAGUUUGAACUGCAUCCAAGCCAAAUAGACGAAGCCGCGUGUGUGGAUGUUCAAGAGAAGGACGUACCUCAAUCGCCAACACUACGUGUGUCUGGGUCGCUGGACCUCGCAAGCGAGGCACAGAAUCAGAAGUCAGCGCGUCGCCGACGUACGAUUCGCCCAUCCCUAAGUACAAUCUCGGAGGACAUCAAGGAGGCAUCCUUCCUCGCCUUAACUCCGAGCACCCGGAAGUAUGCUGCCUACGCAUCUCCAACAAAGCGUUGCUCUGCUAUGGCAGACAAGAGCAAGACACCUACGAAAGUGGCAGAGUCGCCAUUGAAGAAUUUUACUGUGUGCGCCACGCCAAGAACCGGCAUGAUCAAGGUGGAAAACACCAGCCUUGUCUUAUCAGCAUCCCUUAGGGGCGAAGAGAGUUCCGCAUUUCCUCUACCCGAUAUGAGCGAGCCAGGUCCUCGUCGGGUUUCGCUGGCCGCAGCAAGCGAUCGCCCAGAGCCGAAUCACACCGAGGGCACAGCUGCCUUUGCCAGCGUCGCUGAAGAAGCCGGCGCGUCUGUGACGACCGUUGCAGUCUUCGAUCAACCACAUCACGACGUCCCAGAUGAGCCGGAACAUGAGACUAAGAGGCGCAUGUCCCUCGACAGUGCACGCCGCAGUGGCAGGCAAUCUGAUCUUAGGAUCAUCAAGAGAGCUCUUGACUGGAGAACCGACACCCGAGCGGGCAAUCGGCGCCGCCACAGUGACGCCUUGCAUCUCUAUGGGCACCAUGACGCAAUUGUCAACCGUCGCCGCACCCUUGAUAUUGAUGUGGGCAGAGACCUCGACAUUUUCGGUCAACCCGCUCAACCGAGCUCGGAAUGUACGGAGGCACAACAUACACCGGAACGCAUCACAUGGAACGCCAAGCUCGAUCAGGUCAACAGGAAACAGGAGGACUCGAAGCACAAUGAGUCUGGGCUAGACGAGACACAUGUGGGGACCACCACAAAGAUGCCGGUUCCAACUGGUCUCCCGAGCCUCGACCUACAGCAAUCAGCCCCGCUAGAUGCCAUCGAAGAAAACGCUCUUGAGGCUACAGAAGAUAGUUCCGAGGACCUUGAACAAUCCACAAGCCCUGCUAUCGAGAUGAAUGCGCAAGCAACUGCCCAGAAGAUUGCCGCUCAUUAUGAAAACAAAGAAGAUAUUGUGGUGAUUGAGGAGGAUGCACUCACUCCAGGGACGCCUGACAGUAUCGACGGAGACUCGGAACUGGCUGAUCUGCACAAGUUUGUGCAACGCGCCAAGAGCAUCAAAGGACGGAGGGUUGUACAAGGUUCCCUGAAAGUGUUGUCUGCGAUGAAGAAGCGCCGUUCGGGUUCCAUGGGCUCAGCAACAUCAGACACGGGCUCACCGAUGGCAAAACAACCAGAGGCGGCAGCCCCAGCAGCCUCAAGCCCUCGCGUUCCACUAGGAGCAAAGGAUGCCAACAAGAGUCCGAGCCCAAGCAAGAAGCGGAAGCUCAAGAACGCCACCGCCAUCCAAGGCCCAUUGCCGAGUCCCAUUAAGAAGGCCAGCUCCCGCCUCGCCAUUCCCGACCUUGACGAUACCGAGCCGGCGUCCAAGCCUCGGAAGCGGCGCCGGGGGAUGGAAUCUGAGACGGACGAUAUCUUCAAUCCCGAGAUGGGGCCAGGCCAGGACCUGACCCAGCGAGGCUCAGGAAGUGCGCCUGGGGGAGCGCGCCGCUCAAAUCGGAUCGCCACGAGCAAGAAGACUCGCCCACCUGCAAACGCCAUCUCUGUACGCGUUCCUGGCUCAGGAUCACUUGACUUGGACAUGCCGGCCAUAUCCACAGCCGGUGUCACCAAUGCGGCUCGGGAUCGAAAAUUUGAGAAGGAUCUGGCCGCAGAGACCCGCAAGAACACUUCCAAAAACAAGGGCGGCUCAAUGCCGGUUCCCGUAGCGCUGGCCAUAAUGACACAGGUACCGCUGGUCGACGAUGAAGACAACAAUGAGCUCACCAAGUCUCUGGCGACCAUCUCACGCACUGCCCGCGCCAAAAAUGUCCGCUGGGCUGAAACCUUGGUGCGGAUCCAAGGCGAGGAUGACAACACAACUCUUGUUGCUGUUGCAGCUACUCCACCAGUAGAAGUUGGAGCAGCAAGCAAUGACGAGGACACCGGGCUACCAUCCCCCCCACGACUACGCCAUGUAGUCUUUGACAGCCCUGCCUGUUCAAGCAAUCCCGUUGUGGGCGAAACUUGUCAGCCUGAGAACGCCAGCAAUGAGGAUGAAGAGGAAAAAGUCGAGCCUGCACCCGAAAAAGCAUCCGAGGACAUGGCAAAAGGAAAAAAGCAGCAGCCCCGCCGUCUCACUCGCUCUGGCUCAGCAGCCUCACGACUGCCGACACGUGCGAGCGGGACGCCUGCUAAGAAGAAUGCUUUGCCUGUCCCUUCGAGGGUUGGUCCCAAGGCUCCUGUCGUUGGGACCGGGCCAGGUCGUGGCGGUGUGUCGGCGGCGACUAUUGCGAGAUUGGGAAUGGCAGGCCCUGGCACACCCGGGCCGAGGCGACGGGGACGUGCCGUCGGAUAAGAGUUACAGACAGAGAAAAGGGAGAAGAAUGUUGGGAAAUUGGCGAUGGGAAAGCUAUUGGCUCGCUUGUGCUGCUCUGCCAUGAUAAGGCUGGCAGCCAUUUCAACUUUGUUCGGUGUUGGAUGUUUCAAGAUUUCUAGUGGACCAGAUACCCUUGCAUGGCGUUGGGGAAUAGAUGUGGAUGGUGCUUUUAGAUCUGACGUAGAUUAAUUCACGUAUGCAGUAGACGG